AUGGCAGAAGAAUAAAACUUAUAGGAGGAUUCUAAAAAGAAUAUAGGUUAGAUGGGUGCAAAAAUAGUUCCACGAGGUUCAAAAGAAAUUUCUAACAUUCUAGGAGAUCGUAGAUCUUCAUAUAAUGUAGAUGGAUAUGAUCGUGUAGUUGUUGAUGAGUAAUUAUAUAUAAUAAUCGCAGAAUCACUGAUCAUAAAUAAGUUGGAAUUCCACUGAUUGAUAAGGUUGUAAUUAUUCUAGUUGUCCUCUUUACGUUAUUAGUGUUCAUCAACUUCUCAUUUACAUGUAACUUACUUUAUAUUAUUUUUUAUAGCUAACGAUGCUAAGGAAGAUGCAGACAUAGAAAAGACUCUCUUUAUAACUAAAAUAGUAGAAUUAGUGAUCCUCAUUCUCUUUGUUUUGGAAAUUUCAUUUAGAAUUCUCAGUGUUGGACUCAUAGUAUACAAUAUAUUAUAUACAUUAGUCGUACUUUUCGGAUUUGUGGGCUAUCUUUGAUGCUCUAAUUAUAAUAGCUUCGAUAGUUUUGAUUAUUCUCGAUCUCAUUUUAGAAGGAGAUGCAUUUACCACAAUAAGCAAAGUUCUAAGAGGAAUAUUUAGAUUUUUAAGAUUAUUUUUAGUGUUUCGUAAAGUAAAUUUCAUUCUAUUUUCAAACAGUUUAAUUAAGUCAAAAAAAUAAAUAAUGCAGGAGCAAGAUAUGUAGUACGUUCUCCAGUAGAGAAAGUAAUUGAAAUAAUGAGAGAUCUUGCUGAUUAAUUUGAAGAUCCAGAUAUUAUUAAAUAAUUAAAUUGGGGAAUCACUCAUAUAUCUAAUAACACUGUAUAUGAGCCUAUAAUCGAAGGAAAGAAAAGUGAAGCUUUAGGAUGGUUAUAUUAACCACAACAACAAUAAUAGGUUUCUUAAGAAUUUAGACGUUCUAUGUCUUCUGAUGUUUAAUUUACAGAUGAAUCUCAUCUACCAGAAUAAUUAAGGUAGGAUUUUGAAUAAAAUAUCUUAAACUUAGAUUAUGAUUACUUUUCUCUUUUUUAGAAAUAUGAUAGUUCAAUUCUUACUCAUUUAAUGUGCUACUACUUUUAAAAAGAAUAAUUGUUUAGUUCUUUAAGAAUGUCACCGGAAUCUUUUAAGAAAUGUGUAGAUCGACUAGCAUAAAAUUAUCAUAAAGACAAUUUAUACCAUAAUGUUAUUCAUGCUUUUGAUGUUACACAUACUGUAUAUUUUUUUAUUUAAAAAUGCAAUUUUAAAGAAAUAGGAAAAUUGUCAAAACUUGAUUAUUCUAUUCUAUUAUUAUCUGCAGCAGCACAUGAUGUUGAUCAUCCAGGAUUAAAUAAUAUUUUCUUAUCAAAUACUAGACAUGAUUUAGCUAUGACAUAUAAUGAUAGAUCUCCUCUUGAAUAACAUCAUGCAUCAACAUUGUUUAGAUAUAUUAGAGAAACAGAUUUAUUAGCUCAUUUUACUUUAUCUGAUUUUAAAUAUUUUAGAGAAAAGUCAAUUAAUAUGAUUCUUAGUACUGAUAAUGCUAUGCAUGGAAAAGGUAUUUUAUUAUUAUUUGUUAGAUUACAAUAAAUUAAAAGCAAGAUUAGCUUCCAAUGACUUUGAUCCUGGAUCUAAAGAUAAAGGAAUUUGUUUUGAUACUUUAUUACAUGCAGCAGAUAUUAGUAAUCCUUUUAAACCAAUGAAAAACUAUGAAUAAUGGACUUUUAGAGUUCUUGGAGAAUUUUGGCUCUAAGGGGAUAAAGAAAAAGAAUUAGGUCUUCCUAUAACAAUGCUUUGUGACAGAAAAACUACUAAUGUUGCCAAAAGUUAAAUUGGAUUUAUAGAUUUUAUGGUAAUCAUUUUUAAAUAUAUAUAUAUAUAUUUUAGGUUCUUCCUUACUACAAUACUCUGUCAUAGAUACUUCCACAAUUAUCAGAAUUUAUUGUCUAAAUUACAGAAAAUAAAAAAGCUUGGGCAGAAAAAAUAGAGUAUUAUCAAACUCUAUUAAAUACAUAAUGA